AUGAUGGAGACAAAGUCUGCACGUCAUUCUAAUGCUUCCGCAGCUGCGUCUUAUUAUGGGGGCUGCAAAUAUGUGGAUAGAAAGGGGGCUGACUUUUGUAAGUCUGCCAAUGUGGAUGUUUCAAAAAGGGGUUAUAAGUUUGGGAAGUUUAGCAUUCUCCUUUUUUUUGUGAAUUCCUUCGUCUUUGUGAGUUUCGUCAUGCUGUUGCAGUUUUGUUCGCCUAGUAUGAGUGUGCACCAAAGCAGAGUACAUACCCAUUACGCCCCCGGCAACACAGCAGCAAGGAGCUACUACCCCGCCAAGGCAAGAAGCAACAGAAUUCUAGUUGAAUCCUUAAAAAAUUCAAACACGAAAUAUGAAAAGUUGGAGCAGAACACAGUGGAUAAGAUAGAAAAUAUUUACGAAGAGCUGACACGAAACAUCGCAGCAAAAAUAAUGGCAUUUAUAAAAAAAAUAGAUUUAACUUUGGAAAAAGAAAUUAAGAAAACAUUAAAAUAUAUCGAUACUGAGAAGGAUGAGCCUAUUAAAUGUGGUUUAACCUUUUAUGAAAAAUUGAAGAACUUCUUUUCCGCAUUCAAGAUCUUUUCUACCCCUGUGUUGGGUACCUUUGCCGCUUUGAGUGCUUACUACUUUAAGGCCCAAGCCUUUACCGCUCUGAUUAGUUUGGGCAUAGCCCUCUUGCCCUUCUUGUCUACGUGUUACUUGAUGUAUAAAGUAAUUAAAGUACGUGGUGAUUUGGCGGAAUGA